AUGCGAUCCAUCGCCCGCCAGAGCGCUCGCUUGGCCAGCAGCAGUCGAGUCCGCCAGCCAUCUCGCCCACGACACGCCCCAGCUCAACACCAUGUUCGAAGCUUCAGUAGAACGGUUCAACAUUCGAUAGACACACGCGGGCCAAAUGGAGAACACGAACCGUCGACCCCAGCCGAGCAAAGGCAAGACGACCAAAAGUCUCAAGUGGAAGAUGCAGCAAAGUCAGCCAAGCAGAAUGAGACGAAGAGCACAGAAGAGGAGCCCAAGUCUGCGGUAGCCAAAACAAGAAGGACACGGAUACAGAAUGCGAAAGAUCAGAAACCGCCCAAGCCUCCGCCGGUACCUGACUGGUUUCUCAACCAUAAUGUCAAGCUCGUGACAGAGUCAGUGAAGCCGAAUCGAGAGGCAAAGAGCGCUCAAGUUCUGCGUUGCGUUGACAAGGAUACCGGGCACACUUUGUUCACAGUCCCUUACUACGAGGCAUGGCCUGUACCUGGGUUGCCUGGAAGACCUACAGAAGAACACAAGUCGGACAAGGAAACGGCAAGGAAAAAGUCACUCGAUAACAGUUUCUUCGACAACAAGUUCACCUCCACCCAAGCAAAGCCUGCUUCUUCCAAGGCACGGUCGUCGGCUCUUAUAACGCCCCCGUCGGAAGAAGCAGAGAAUGAAGUCAACCCACAUUCGUUGCUACGCUGGGCUUUGCUGGAAGCUGAGACGGGCAUCAGAGCUGGCUUCACAGUGGCAGGACAGGUGCCGUCUGCUUUGAAUGCAGCGUCUCGAGUGGACAUUUCGUUGAAUUGUCCCGAUUCAGAUUCUCACGAGCAGAUGGAUGAUAUUGUAGAGGAUUUGGCGAACCUGACGCAUUCGGACAUAAUUCGGCUGGACGCCAACGACUUCGCCGAUUUAACUGCAGACUACGUAGGAGGGGGCGAGGAUCUUCCUGGAUCGUUCUCGUCGUUGGGAUACGAUGUCUUCGACGGAUACACAGCGAACCAAGCUGGGUAUAGACGUGCUGCCGAGGAGGACAUGUACGAUGAAGAUGAAGAGGACGAAGCCGACGAGGAAGAUGAAAUGCAUAGAGACGGCAGCUCUGGGCGAUCGCGAACUCUUGACGAUCUCAGGAGAGCGCUAUAUGCACGUCGCUUCGAUCUCGCCAAAGCUUUUCAAAAGAUAAACGUGACGACAAUACCGAUUGGAAUCGCGCCAGAAUCUAAAACACGACCGACCGGCGAUCCCGCAAGCAGCCCUUUCAGAGCAGCGCGUUCUUCGGAUGGCCCCGAAUACGAUCGAAGGAGGCUCAUAGACCUUCUCGACAAUCUACUGGAAGCACCCAAGCUCAAACAGGCUUCUGCAGCGUCAUAUGUCGAUGGCUUGAACAACCGCCUUGCAAACGCUUCGGCGGGACGGGACUCUAAGCAGGGUAUGACAACAUCAGAUCGCUCGUACCAAGCUCUGUGGAGACCUUGGAGAUCAAGUCCUGGUUGCUGGUACCCUGAUGUCGCAGGUAUCAUCGCAAGCCGAGUGAAUCGCACGGCCAGUGAUAAGGAUGCUAGUACGUCGUUGAGACUCGAGGCGGACGGAAAGCAGGUUCGUGAAAAUGCCAGCUCUUCUGGACUUUCUAGGCGGAUAAUCGUUCACGUUCGCGACUUGAAGGAUAUUUGCGGUUCACAAAAGGGUGAUUCCAUCAUUCGGGAUCUCGUUCGUGUGGUGCAGAAACGCCGUCGAAGUGGACAAGAGAUCAUUAUCGUCGGUACAACAGCUCAGGACGUUGGUGGUGGACGCUUUGGUUCAUUCGAGCCCAGGUUGGAUGAGUUCCGUACGGUGACGGUGCCUCCAUACUUCAACAUGCCCAAAGACGAAAUCAACCAGCUGAAGACGGAGGAUUUGAUCAAGGACAGCGGCGAUAUUCCAACGUAUCGCAGGAUCCUCGAGAUCAACUUGCGACACAUCCAGAGUAUGCUGCAGCGCCUGCGACCAGCCGACUCAUUUGACUUGUUCUCAGCGCAGUCACAAAGUCAACUCAGACUGGCAGGAAACGAACUUCUCGGCCAGACAGUUCUGCCAUUCGAUCAAGUGCAGCGCCUGGUCCUCACAGCAAUUGGGCUAUCACAAACGCACGCUCAAUCAGACGUGGUGAACGCAUCACACAUUGGACUGGCAGUCUUCGUUGCCGGUCGGGCUGAUCGAGCUCACCGUGCUUGGUCGGAUCACAAUCUCCAGCAGAGUGCAACUGCUGAAGCCGAUGUGCUCAAAGAGUCGUCACACAAUGCGGAGGCUGACAAGGGGAACGGGAAGAUUGAGAAGUUGAAGAAGGGUUGUAACCAGCACGAAACGAAGCUUCUGCCAGGAGUGGUCGACCCGCAAAACAUCAAAAUCGGCUUCAACGAAGUACAUGCCCCGCCUGAGACGAUCGAUGCAUUGAAGACGUUGACAUCUCUUUCCCUGCUGAGACCUGAUGCUUUCAAGUACGGUGUUCUUGCUGCCGAUAGGCUUCCCGGAUUGAUCCUGUAUGGUCCACCAGGCACGGGCAAGACCUUGCUGGCGAAGGCUGUGGCUAAGGAAUCUCGUGCAACGGUGCUUGAAAUCAGUGGCGCUCAGAUCUAUGAGAAGUACGUGGGUGAGGGCGAGAAGAUGGUAAGGGCUGUCUUUAGCUUGGCCAAGAAGCUCUCGCCAUGCAUUGUCUUUAUUGACGAAGCGGAUGCCAUUUUCGGCAGUCGCUCUUCUGCAGGAAGUCGGAACACCCACCGUGAGAUCAUCAACCAGUUCUUGCGGGAAUGGGACGGAAUGGACUUGCACAAUGUCUUCAUCAUGGUGGCGAGCAACCGGCCCUUUGAUAUGGAUGACGCAGUGCUAAGAAGACUGCCAAGGCGAUUGCUGGUCGACCUGCCGGUAGCGAAGGACCGAGAAGCGAUUCUCAAGAUUCACUUGAAGGAGGAGCAGCUGGAUGCAGCGGUGGACCUAGGCAAGCUUGCAGAGGACACGCCUCUUUAUUCGGGAUCUGACCUCAAGAAUCUGUGCGUGGCAGCGGCGCUUGCAUGUGUGCGAGAAGAGAACGAACUAGCCGCGAGCAAGCAGGACGAUAAGGCGUUCAAGCUGCCUGACAGGAGGAUCCUGUCGAGUAGCCAUUUCGAAAAGGCACUCAAGGAGAUCAGUGCAUCGAUCAGCGAGGACAUGAGCUCGUUGACCGCCAUAAGGAAGUUCGACGAACAAUACGGCGACCGUAAGGGACGGCGUAAGAAGUCAUCGUACGGAUUUGGCAGCGCAGAUGUUGGUGUGGAUGAGUCCGCGGCGAGGGUCAGACAGCCGACGACGACAACAACUACGCCUCCACCGCCGUGA